UUUUUUUUUUGUGUUGAGGGAGGAUUACCGCGGCGGGCUGGCUCGGGGGAGGAUAUCGCACCGGUUUCGCCGCCGUGGGUCCGUUUCCAGCGGCGGCAUUAAGCUGGAAGUGGGAGGGAGGGAGAGUGAGAGAGAGCCGUGAUGGCAUGUGCAGCGCCGGACGGAGUCAACGGACAACGGUCAACUUGAGGACAACAAAAACGGGCGCUCCAGUUAGAGAACCGGGGAUUAUGUGCGGUGCUUGUUGUGCUGCUGCUGCGGGGAAAAGUUUACCAGGAGUCGGGAUACACUUGCACCACCUGGGGUAACGUGAAUAUGGCAGAGCGCAGCAGUUCCGAUGUCAACAUCCUCAGCAUCCCGGUGCCCAUCCGUCGCGGCGGCUCAGAGUCCAACCUGGAUGUGGUGGACAGUGUUGGAGAUGACGGAGUGGGCCUGGAUUUCACCAAGGGAGCGCUGGGUAUCGACAGCCUGCAGCAGAAGAUCCUCAAGGUGACGGAGCAGAUUAAGGUGGAGCAGACGGCUCGAGACCAGAAUGUCGCCGAGUACCUAAAGCUGGUAAACAACGCUGACAAGCAGCAGGUGGGGCGAAUACGCCAGGUCUUCGAAAAGAAGAACCAGAAGUCGGCGCACACCAUCGCCCGGCUGCAGAGGAAACUGGAGCAGUACCACCGUCGCAUGAAGGACAGCGAGACUAACGGGAAGCACGGCCACAAGGAUGGCAGCAGCAAGGAGUCUGGGACUCACAGCAAGGAGGGCAGCUUGCGGGACGUCAGUGUCACCGGGAGGCACCCGGCGCUGGAUAAAGUGAAGACAAUCGGGCCCGGUGUGUCGCUAUCACCACCCUUCUUCUUCAACAAGUCGCGGGAGUUCGCCAACCUCAUCAGGAACAAGUUUGGAAGCGCCGACAACAUCGCCCACCUCAAGAGCUCCAUGGAGGCGGGGUCUGGGCUGCAGGUGGACAGCGGGGCGAGGGGCCUGAGCGGGAGCGCCAACACAGUAGCCAAGACGACCAAGUAUCCGAGCGACGACGAGUGCUCCACGGGGACGUCUGCGUCUGCCGACUCAAACGGGAACCCAGCUGGGGGCUCGGGCGCUGGGUCUGGAGGCCCCGGGAGGUCAGACUCCAACGGGCGGCUGGGGGAGGUGCUGGACAUGGUGCGGGAGAUCAGGGAUGCUCAGACGCAACUGGCAGAGGACAUGGAGACUCUGAAUACACAGUUCAAACGAGAUUACAGCUACUUCACACAGAUGAUGCAGGAGGAGAGAUACAGGUAUGAGCGGUUGGAGGACCAGUUAAAUGACCUGACAGAGCUCCACCAGCACGAGACCAGUAAUCUGAAGCAGGAGCUGGCCAGUAUUGAGGAGAAGGUGGCUUACCAGGCCUAUGAGAGGGCCAGGGACAUACAGGAGGUCCUGGAGUCGUGCCAGACUCGUGUCUCUAAGCUCGAGCUCCAGCAGCAGCAGCAACAGACGGUUCAGGUGGAAAACACCGACGCCAAGGUGCUGCUGGGGAAAUGCAUCAACAUCAUGCUGGCUAUCGUCACCGUCAUCUUGGUGUGCGUUUCCACAGCAGCGAAGUUCACCGCCCCGCUGCUGCGGAGCCGCCUCCACCUGGCGCUCACCUGCGUGGGCGUGUCCUUGUUGGCGCUGCUGUGGAAGAACUGGGAACAUUUACAGUGCGCUUUGGAACGAUUGGUCCUGCCGCACUGAUCUGGGAACUACAAAACGAGACCAGAACACGAAAAACAACUGGGGACGAGUUUACAUGUAGCCUUACACCCUUGUUCCCCCGGCGAUUUUAGGCUCCAUGGUGAUUUAUGGCUGUGUGCUUUGCAUGUCUAAAUGGGGUCCACACAAAUCCGCAAAAAGCCUUUCCCAGAAUGCACCUCCACAGUGAUUCCAACAAACAAACUCACACGUGUAAGCUGAUAUAAGUUAUCAAAACUGUAACUUAACAACAUGCUGUCUGCAAGAAGGUGCAAACAUACGAACUGCAGUGACAGUGAAUCACUACAGUCCAAAGUAUCGGACCAAUAAGAGACGAAUCGGCUGGAAUUGAUCCGGUGACAGCCAUAUUAUUGGCUUCUGGACUCCCCCUGCUCUCAUCUGGUCAUCAGGAGAUUCUGGUGGCACCAACAACUGACGCUAAAAUCUAAAUAUAGAAGAGAGGGCUUCAAUUGGGGCGUCGAAAUACAGUUAUUAUUUCCUGCCCUUAAAGGGGAAGGUAUCUGAUAUAGCACCACCUCACACCUCUGAACAAGCACUCACUGGCAGUACAUGGCCGGUCAGUCAGUCUUGAACCCGCACAGUACGCCUCCUCGUACACCAGCCAGCCGUGGCAACACAAAGACACAUCCACCUGAUGGUUGAUUUGUACCGUGUGUCUGUACUUAAUUGUUCUGUAUUCAUGUGACGUGUUUCUUGUCUCAUUCAAAAGGAAAUUGUUUUAAACUGUGUGUGUGUCUGUCUGAGUGUGCAUUCGUGUACUGUACGCCUGCUUGUGUGUGUUUGUACUUUGUUUCUUAAAAGAACAUUUUGUGAAAUACAUUCUCUUUCUUGGUGAGAGUUGGGUGAGAAGAAUGACACCAGUCAUGUCUGUAUGCUAAAUAUGAAAAAAUAGAGCCAGGUGACAAUUAGCUUAGCUUAGCAUAGAGACUGGAAACAAGAUGAAACAGCUAGACUUGCUCUUUAUAUCUAUCCAUGAAGGUGACAAAAUUCACCUACCACCACCUGUUAAGCUCACUAAUUAACACGUUUUAUAUAUAUUGUGUCAUUUGUACAAGAAACGCAGUGUACAAAUGACACUCGGUGCUUGUAUUGGGGACUAUUUCUUGGAUAGAAGCAUUAACAUCCCGCCACAAAACCCCCCGUAAAGCCAUGAUCUGUUAUUGGACAGAACCUGGCUAGCUGUUUCCCCCCGUUUCCAGUCUUUGAGCUAAGCUAAGCUAACUAGAUCUCAUUAAGGAAACUUAAAAGCAUAUUUCCCAAAAUGUUAAACUAUUCCUUGAAAGGAAAGCUUAUAAACUGCCUCCUGUCUUUUAAUUGAAUGCUUCUGGGUUUUCUUUUUGUCAUGUAAUAUUUGUUUUUAUGUUUUUCGGGUAACAGUUGCUGCUCAAAGUUAUUUGGGUAAUAACAUUCGGUGAGUUGACGUGCUUCACUCAGUUCUAAAGACUGCAGCUUUAGCAUCCACCAGCUAGCAAGUAAACUGUGAGGAAGGCCCUGGGCGAUUAGAUGAAAGCUCUAAAUGCGAGCACGUUUUUAUUGAAUUUCCUUUUUUUUUUUUUUUAUUAACAAGGUGAACAGAAUCAACUUGUGUUUUGUGUGAAGCCUUUUGAAGUCGUGCUGCAUUCACGCCCUGUGGGAAUAACCGCGAGGGGAUGUGUGUUCUAACAGUUCAAAGUCUCGACUUGAAAGGAUUCUCACCUGUUGAGGAUAGUCUCAAGCUUCGGAGAGAGAGAGAACGUGGCUGAUUAUUGCUACUACAUUUGAAUUCCUUAUAAUAAUUUCACACUCGACUCUCGCACAGCUGGGGGAGUGACUCAUUUGAGAGGAUGUCGGGAAAUUAGCACAAAAAGUCCUGCCCCCGUCGUCAUAUUUUAAGACUUACGGAUUGUAAUGACUUGGAGGAUAAAGAUUGUUUUCUUAUAUUGUUUUAAAAACAAAAAAGUAUGUCUGCUCUUGCAAUAAGAUACUAAAAUGACAGUAACAAUUCCCCCAAGCAGCAUUUACCACUGAAAACUAAAGUGGUAAUAUCAAUACCCAUAGCAGCUGUUUUUUCCCCCUGUGCCAUGAAUGCAGCAUUACAGAUUGGAUAGAGGAAAGUGAACAAUGUAGCUCCAUGUUCCCUAACCCUGUAUCACUGUGAUGAUGAGGGGGAUGAAAUGGGACUGAUGCCUUUUUCAAUGCAGCUUAUUACUUAUACUGUGUGACAUCUGUUUGCGUCCCCUCAAAAGCCAAAUAUGGAGAAUUUUAAGGCACCUCAGCCUUUCUAAGGAACACUGAAAUUACUGUUUUUAUUCUCUUUUUUUUUGUUUGUUUUCCAAAUUGGCUCAAACACUAUUUCUGUCUGCUCUUCAGGAGAGACAUGCACCUCCUCUCCAAAGCUGUAUUUGUAAGUACAUAAUGUGUAUUUUCACAUUUCUGUUCUCUCCUAUGUGCUUUAGUUUCUGGUUAUGUUUCCAUAACCUUGUUUUGUUUUUUUUCAAAUGAGAAAAUAAAUAUUUGUUUUUCUAAGCAUU